AUGAAGUUCACCACCACCACCAUCCUCACACUCCUUACGGCCCUCACAGCCGCCGCUCCCUUAGAGCCUCAGACCAUCUCAGUCGACCUUGAGAAUGGCGAGGCCCAGAACAUCACGGACAAUGCCAUCGAGAAGCGGUCUCAGAGCGGCAAGAUGACGUACUACACGCCGGGGUCGGGUUCAUGCGGCGCCACCAACAGCGAGACUGACCUCGUGGUGGCCAUCUCGACAAGCAUGUACGGGACGUACGCAAACCCCAACUCUUCGCCCAUGUGCAAAAAGUCGGCAAGCAUCAAGUGCAACGGCAAGACGAUCAAGGCGGCCAUCAAGGACAAGUGCAUGUCGUGCGGCAAAGGCGACAUUGACGUCUCGCCGGCGGUGUUCAAGCAGUGUGGGGCGUUGAGCCAGGGGGUCAUCACUGUGACCUGGGAUGUGGUACGCAAAUAG